AUGAUUUUCCAAGGUCCUCUCGACCAAGAAGGGUCUGCCGGCACCACGCUCAACAGCACCAGCACCAUGAUUAGCGAAAAAUAUAUGACUCACUUCAACCUCGCUGUGUCGUCUGAUCCUCGCCAUGCUUUCACCGAGGACGUUGGUACUGGUUUCAACGCCGGUGUUUUCUCUCAGUGGCCGAAGAGCCUUGGCCUUGCUGCGCUUCGGGAUACCGCCCUGGUGAGAAGGUUUGCUGAAAUCGCAAGGGAGGAAUAUGUGGCUGUUGGAAUUCGUAGUGCGCUACACCCGCAAGUCGAUCUCUCGACAGAGCCACGUGAGUUGAUCGCAGAAUAUAUCAAGGGCUUCCAAGGGGAUAAGCUCGGUCCUCAAUCUGUUAAGACAGUCACUAGACACUUUCCCGGAGGUGGAGCCAUGGAAAAUGGCGAGGACUCUCACUUCGCUUACGGCAAGAACCAAACUUAUCCUGGCAAUAACUUUGAAGAGCAUCUAAAACCGUUCAAGGCAGCUAUCGCUGCUGGUGUAACUGAAAUCAUGCCAUAUUACUCGCGACCCAUUGGCACAGACUACGACGCCGUCGGCUUCGCCUUCAACAAGGGAAUUGUGACCGAUUUACUUUGCGGCGAGCUUGGAUUCGAGGGCAUUGUACUGACAGACUGGGGGCUUAUUACAGACGGUUCUAUUAGAGGAGAACCUUUUCCUGCUCGAGCUUGGGGCGUUGAAAAUCUCACUGAGGUCGAGCGGGCAGCAAGAAUUAUUGAAGCCGGUUGUGACCAGUUUGGCGGCGAGGAUCGCCCCGAACUGGUCGUUCAACUUGUCCGAGAAGGCAUCAUAUCGGAGAAGCGCAUCAAUAUUUCCGUUCGUCGACCUCUAAGAGAGAAGUUCACCCUCGGUCUCUUCGAAAAUCCUUUCGUCGAUCCUGGGGCUGCUGGUCGGAUUGUUGGAAAUGAUUACUUUGUCCGUCUGGGCAGAGAGGCUCAGAGGAAAUCAUACACCCUUCUCAGCAACAAGAGAAAUAUUCUUCCAUUCCGGCAGCUUAACAACGGCACAAAGUUUUAUAUUGAAGGUUUCAACACUACUUUUAUGGAUGUACGGAACUAUGAGGUUGUUGAUACCCCGGAGCAAGCUGAUUACGCCCUUCUCCGAUAUAAAGCACCCUACGAGCCUCGCCCCGGCCAAUUCGAGUCUGCGUUCCAUGCUGGCUCGCUUGCAUUUAAUGAAACAGAGAAGGCUCGUCAGUCUAAGAUAUAUUCAACUGUACCGACUAUUGUGGAUAUCGCUAUGGAUCGGCCCGCCGUGAUUCCGGAGGUUAUUAAACAGGCUGAGGCUGUCUUCGCGAGUUUCGGGAGCGACAGCCAGGCAUUUCUAGACGUUGUGUUCGGCAUAAGCGCGCCUGACGGCAAGCUGCCUUUUGAUCUGCCAAGGUCCAUGGAGGCUGUUGAAGCGCAGAUGGAGGAUGUGCCAUUCGACACAAAAAGCCCUGUUUUCAAAUUUGGGCAUGGGUUGAACUAUGCGAACCGUUCUGCGGAAAACAGCAAAUGCUCCUAACAUGGGAUAUAAGUGUAAACCUAGUCAACUCCACCCUGAUCUAGUCUGCUAUAGGCGAAGGAUGAUGAAGAUUUAGAUAGUGGCUAUGAAGCUAUAUGUAAUGUUUCGUAGACUGCUCUAUGGUGGAAGGGGUCUUGAGAGUUGGGUUUGGGUUUUCCGACAUGGAUUAAAGUAAUACGAAGGCUUCAUUCUCAAGUAUGCACGUUACUAGUAUGUGAAGAUACUGUAUUGAGUUGAGCACGAAGCUCCUAC